AUGGCAGGCUCCUCCUCAACCAGCACUGCAGGUACAAGCACUGCUGCACUCAGCAAUAGCACAUCCUCUCUAUUUGGCCUCUCGCAACCAGCACCCAACACCUCCUCCAUCCCGCCCGCCGACAUCUCCUACUCGCGCUUCAUUUCACGGCAUGGACCCCUCGAGGUCGCCAACAGGCUCCUCCAUCCAUACUCCCAAAACUCAAAUCGAGCCAUCAGCCUGCGUCAACGGCAACUCGCAGCAUCCAAGCAUCAACAACGCCAACACGCCGCACAGAACGGUGAACGCAUGCAGGAUCUAGGGGAGAGUAUCAUUUGGCAAUCUGCAACAGGUGCAGAACUCGAACUGGCACGGAUCCCUCAUGCUGCACUCAGAGCAUUGCAUGCAGCCUCAACAAAGAUGGGGAGCGGGCAGACAGGCAGUAGGGCAGACCGCACCUCUGCUAAAUUGUGGCCGCGUGGACAGCAGGAAUCUUCAGAGCACGCCGUUCAGUCUACACAAUCACGCUUCUCCAGUGCUGUGCAGCGUGCCAUGGAACAGCAGGAACAGCAGGAAGAGCAAGAGCAGGACCAAGAAGAGGAAGGAGCGCUGGAGAAUGAUGCAUCGGAACAGCGCAGCAUGAGCAACACAGGAAACAACAUGAACCGCGUCGUCGUCGUACCCUUCUCCCCGGGCUCAGGUACAUCGUCACAGGAGUUUUACGAAAACUUGAUGCAUGCCGUCGAGUCCGGUCUUCGCCGUGUCGAAUCCUACAGCAUGACCUCAACAAAACGCAAACGCAGGCUCAAGAUGAACAAGCACAAGUUCAAGAAGCGGAGAAAGGAGCAAGAGUCGAUGCGAAAGAAGUUGGGUAAGUGA